GUCUUAUUUUCCUUCAUUUCGGUUGCGUGAUUGUGGCCUAUUUCCGGUCGGUAAAAAAACGUUGUCUUCCGGGUUGUUUUCUCGAAAAUGUCGGAGCAACCUUGGCCUAAUACUCGAGAGGAUUAUGAAUUGAAAGAUGUUAUUGGGGCAGGGGCAACGGCAGUUGUACAAGGUGCCCUGUGUAAACCAAGGAAUGAACCAGUGGCCAUAAAAAGGAUUAAUCUGGAAAAAUGCAAUACUACAGUAGAGGAGCUAUUGAAAGAGAUACAGGCAAUGAGCCAGUGCAAACACGAGAAUGUGGUAGGCUAUCAUACGUCAUUUGUUGUGAAGGACGAACUAUGGGUCAUCAUGAAGUUGUGCAGUGGUGGUUCCAUGCUGGAUCUCAUCAAGGUGAAAAUGCGUACGGGCAACUGCACCAACGGAGUCUUUGAUGAGCCCACCAUCGCCACCAUUCUCAAGGAGGUGUUGAAAGGUCUCGAGUAUUUCCAUAGCAACGGGCAGAUCCACAGAGAUAUCAAGGCUGGCAACAUUCUUCUGGGGAAAGAUGGAGCUGUCUAUAUAGCAGAUUUUGGUGUGUCAGCAUGGCUGGCUACAGGGAAGGAUCAGACCCGUGACUCUGUGAGACAUACGUUUGUGGGUACACCUUGCUGGAUGGCACCAGAAGUCAUGGAACAGGUGACUGGUUAUGACUUCAAGGCUGAUAUCUGGAGUCUGGGUAUAACUGCCAUCGAACUUGCCACUGGGACAGCGCCCUAUCAUAAAUACCCUCCAAUGAAGGUGCUGAUGCUGACCUUGCAAAAUGACCCGCCAUCGCUGGACACUGGGGCGGAGGACAAAGACCAGUACAAGAACUACAGUAAAGUCUUCCGCAAGUUUGUGUCAGACUGCUUGAAAAAGGAGCCAGAGAAAAGGCCAACAGCCAAGCAACUGCUGAAGCAAGAGUUUAUCAAGAAAGCAAAGGACAAGGCGUAUCUGGUGAAGACACUUCUCUCAGAAGGCUCCUCUGUUAAACCUCAAAAGGUUAAACGUGUGCCCGGUUCCAGUGGACGGCUUCACAAGACGGAGGACGGCACCUGGGAGUGGUCGGACGAUGAGAUGGACCCCGAGUCAGAGGACGGGCUGGCAGCAGCAGCUGAGACUGGGCGGAGAUUGCCCCUACAAGAUCUAGACGAAAAUGAAGAAGACAAUGAGUCCCCCAGGUUGAAGCAAUCAGAGGAUGACGACGAUGAUGAACUUGCGAGUGAUGCUGCAAAGCUGUCCCUGAACAAAGAAUAUGGUGGAGAAUACCAGUCUCCUGAGAAUACAAUGGAAGAAAAAUUAAGAUCAGCCCUGACAGUGAUAGAAGAUCCAUCAUCAUCUGCAACCACUCUAGAGGUGGAAAAUCCUGUCCCAAUUAAUCUUGUACUAAGAUUAAGGAAUGAAAAAAGGGAGCUAAAUGAUAUUAAAUUUGACUUCACUCCAGGUCAAGACUCCUCUGACAGUGUAUCCAGGGAACUGGUUGAGGCUGGUCUUGUGGAUGGGAAAGACAUGAUAGUUGUGGCAGCUAACUUACAGAAGAUACUGGACAAUAAACUUGUAAAAAGUCUAACUUUUGCAUUGAACUCUGGUUGUGCACCGCAUGAAGCCCCCUGUGAUAAAUCACUGAUCGGAUUCGCCCAGUUGACGAUCAAUGAAGCAUAACAUUUCCAAAGAAUUAGUUACUUUAUACAAAUUAUCGUCCAAAUUGGCGUCAACUGAGUGCUUCACUGUGUAUUGAUGGUCGCAUGGAAACAAAACAAUGUCUGCCAAUUGUGUUUAUUAGAAUGCCAUAAUUUUAAAUGGAUCUGCUUUGUUUUGUUAUAAAUGUAAUGUUUGUUAAUCUUACAACGAUUAUUUGAACAAAUAUGUAACUUGUAUUGGUAUUUCAGGGAUGCAGUGAAAUUUGUGUAGACUCUAAAUUGAUACAUUGAACGUGUUUUUUUCCUUGUUACCAUCAGUUAGGUAAUUGACUUAAAGGGAUCUUUUCACGCUUUGGUAAAUUGACAAAAUUGAAAAAAGUUGUUUCAGAUUCAUAAGUUUUCGUUUUAGUUAUGAUAUUUGUGAGGAAAUAGUAAUACUGAACAUUAACCAUGCUCUAAUAUAGCCAUUAUAUGCAUCUUUUGACGAUUUUAAAACCUAAAAAUUAUAAAUCGUUGCAACGCGAAACGAUUGAAUAAUUUGGAGAGUUCUGUUUUUGUCGUUAAAUUUUGUGAAACUACGAAGAUUGCUUAUAUAAGGUAUAAAAUACGUCAAGAAUGUGUACUCGGCGGAAUAGCUCAGUAGGCUAAAGCGUUUUUACUUCAGGACUAUGGCAGGACUCCAGGGGUCACUGGUUCGAAACCUGCUCCGGGCAAUGUUCUUUUCCUUUUUUAAAUUUUUUUCUUGAUAUUUUACUGGAGCUUUUACGAUCCAAUGUUUACAUUUAUCAAUAUAAAGCAUUUAAUGAAUAAGUUAAAAAAAUGCCAAAAUCUGUGAAAAGGCCCCUUUAACCCAUAAAAGGCGUAUAAUUGUGGAUGGUUGAUACAAAUGAAUGAAUUUAUUUCAGUAAAGUUUCUUUAAAAAGUUUCCAAAAGUCAUAGUUUGCUCACAUAAUAAUUCUCAGAAUUUUACUACGUUACUUCAUAAGUUCUUUCUAAUUUUUAAAGAAAGAUAUCCACUUUCUUCCCAUUUUAUUAUUGAUUAAUUCAGCUAUGGAUACAUGUUGAAGGAAAAAUGCCAGCAAAAUUCUGGUAUUGUGGUUCAGUGUAAUUGUUUGCAGAAGCAGAGAGACAUAUUUGAUAAACUUACACUACAAAGUUCCAAAUGAUUCAAGCAAAAUAUUGCCAAAUGUAUAAUGGUUUUGAAAAAGGGAGAAACACUACAAAGUUCCAAAUGAUUCAUGAAAAUGAUGCCAAAUUGAUAUUUGUUUUCAAAAAAUGGGAGAACAAGAUUGUGUUAUUAGUCUACAUUAAUGUGCAUAAAACAUUUUAACAAAGCAAAUACUUCACAUGUAAAAAUAUGGAAUUUGUUAUACUAGUAUCUUUUAACUAAAGGUUUUGUUUUCUUGUUGUUAAGUGACUACUAGAUUGAUGUUUUAACACAAAUUACAAGAAUUUGUUUUUGUUGCAUUGAGGCUAUUUCUUUUGGUUUAGAUAUCUAUAAUGUGUUUAGCUCACCUGAGCAUAAUAGUAACAUGCUCAUGGUGAGCUUUUGUGAUCACUUUUUGUCUGUCGUUGAUGGUUCGUAGUGCCUAAUUAGCGUUUACUAAAACUGAUAAAAACUGAGCUGUUCUGUCAGGACUUAGUUUGGUGACCUGGGGACGUUGGCCAUUUUUAACCAGGUUUUCCGAAGGAAAAAACUGGUUAUUAGAUUGGCGAAUGCGGGCGGGCUGGCUGGCUGGCUGGCGGGCUGGCGGAACAAGCUUGUCCGGGCCAUAACUAUGUCGUUCAUUGUCAGAUUUUAAAAUCAUUUGGCACAUUUGUUCACCAUCAUUGGACAGUGUGUCGCGCGAAAUAAUUACGUCGAUAUCUUCAAGGUCAAGGUCACACUUUGAGUUCAAAGGUCAAAAAUGGCCAUAAAUGAGCUUGGCCUGGCCAUAACUAUGUCAUUCAUUGUGAGAUUUUAAAAUCAUUUGGCACAUUUGUUCACCAUCAUGGUACGGUGUGUCGCACGAAAGAAUCACGUCAAUAUCUCCAAUGUCAAGGUCGCCACGACUAAAAAUAGAUUAUUUUUUUUUAAACAAACUUACAAAGGGGGUUAAUUUUGUUUGUUCAUUUCAAAAGUUCAGUUUGAGUUUUCUCCCUUUAUCAGAUUUUUUUUCACAAUGAAAACCUGGUUUUGUGACAAUUUUGUCCCUUGUGAUAAAAUCUUUUGUUAUUUGCAACAGUCGGAUCUGUCAUGUAUUGUUUCAUGAUGUCUUAGUUAAAAAUGUCAAUACUUAGAUGAAGGACUGUUGUCAGUUAGCGACCUAAGUGACUAAUCUGUUUACCCAGAAAAAGUAAGAUUUGGAUUAAACAACUGAUGUUAUAGGACAGUUGGAUAUGUAGAAAUACUCAAACAAACAUAAAAUUAAACUUUAUUUAAAAAAAAUAUUGUUGAUUGUCUCACUAUCUCUCAGAGUGUCUUUGUUUGUCACAUCUAUAUUUGUUGAGUCACCAGACUAAGGCUUGAUUGGUAGUUGUCAGCUUGGGUACUACUUAAAUUAACCUGUGGUACUCUUACGUAUACUGAAGUGUACCAUGGGAAUGGAAAGUAUAUAAAACGUACCCGGGAAUUUUAAGUCUAAUUUGGUCGUUUUCGGCUUCUUAUUUUUCAAAUUAAUUAUGGUCAUAUGUAUGUUAAUGUUGCUGUUAAAUGGCAUGUAUAUUUUGUAACUCAUACUCUAAAAGCAUGUUGAGGCAGGUUUUUUUUUUUUUUUAAAGAUAUAUUUUUUCCUAUCCAGUAAUGCGUUUUACGACAGCGGAUUUUGGGUGGGAAUAAAACUUGGGUACAGUCCAGAUUGGCCGCAUACUUUUAAGUAUAUUUUCCGAACCCGGGGUACAUUUAAAUAUACUUAAGAGUGCUCAGAGUACGUUUAAGUAGUACCUGCACCGCCAAUGACCAAUCAAGCCAGACUAGGCAUCAUAUGGGAGUAACUUAUGAGAGUAGCAGUUCCCCUUCCCCUUGUGUGGAGCAUAACUUUUUAAACUGUUAAAGCUAUCAACAUGAAACAUCAUACAUAAAUCUAUUUGAGACGUGUAGUGUACAAGAACUGAUGCUAUGCAUCACUGAGUUCUGGCGUUAAUGCCCUUCUUUUAUUUUCAUACCGUAUUUUACCAUGCAUAGCGCGCAGUUUUUUACCUUCAAAUUUUAAAAUAAAAAUUCAGUGCGCGUAAUACAUUGACACAACGCUUUCCUGGUUGCUAAAUUGCAAAAAAUCCAUUUCGUAAUCGUAAAUCUUCACAAUUGCCGCCAUUUUUUUUAUUGCAGAAAACUACACCCUAUAAUGUUAUAGACUGAAAGGGCCCUUGUCGAAACAACAAAAAGCCGGAAAGGGUAGGAAUGAACGGGGUAGUAACAGUUUUGACAAAAAUUAAAAGAUGAAAAAAUGUCUUUGUUGGUGUUUUCACACUUCUUUAUUGAUUGUUCAUUAAAAAAAAUCGAGGUAUAUCAAUCCCCGCGUCGUCGCGGUAUUGUUUGUUUUUGUUGUCAUGAAAACUCGUUGAUUUACAACGCAAAACGUCUUAUCUGAUCGUAUAAACGCUCCCUACUUUAAAACAAAACAUUAAGCACCCAAAAAACUCAGAUUAAAUGAUUGCGCAAUAUAAGAAUGGCGGCCAUUUUCGGCCCAAUUUUCAGGUUUUUGAUCUUGAAUUCUUUUUUUUUCUCCAUUUUUGCUUUAAAAAAUCGCAUGCGUGUUAUACAUGGGAGCGCGCUAUACAUGGUAAAAUACGGUACUUCCUUUUUGUCUCAAGCCUUACUCUCAGGCUUUCAAAGAUACUAAUUUCAACUACUUCCAUAUGAUCAUCAGCUCUGCAUCGCCUGGUUUUGGAGUUACAGCCCUUGUUAAUUGUGAUACUUUUUCUUUUUUGGAACGUAAUUCUUAAAUUCUAUGAAAGCUAUCAACUUGAAAUUCAUACAUAGAAAGAUCUCAUGAAAGACAACCCUUACUUUGCAUUUCAUUCUACUUAUAACCCUAUGAAAAUUUGACUAUUAAAAUUUAUGUGACUUAUUCCAGUUUUUUUUUAAUUUCUUACAUUUAAAAUUAGUGAUUAGAGUUCAGUGCAUUUAAUCAUUUGUCCGCAACUCAUUUUUAUAAUAAUAUGUCUUGUUAUUAUUUGAAGUGUUAUAGCAGUUAAAAUUGUGUUCUUCCGCAAAUGUUCUAUGUAUUUUUCUUAAAAUGUUACUUAUACACACUGAUUGUGUUGUUUUGUAGUUCUUAAUGUUAAAUAACAACUUAAAAGAAAUGGGUUAUUAAUAUUGUAUUCUGUUGUCGAAACAGUCAGAUCUGUCAUGUAUUGUUUCAUGAUAUCUUAGUUAGUAGUGUAAAUACUUAGCGACCUAAGUGAUUAAUCUGUUUACCCUGAAAAAGUAUGAUUUGUGUUAACAUACCGCUGUUAUAUGACAGUUGAAUAUGGCGAAAUUCUCAAACAAACAUAAAAUUAAACUGUAUCUCAAACAGCAAACAUUUCUAAGCUUUUAGAGGUUUUACAUUUGGGUUUUUAAUUUUGGAUCCAAAUAAUGGUCUGAAACUGUGAUUGUAAUGAAGGUCUAGAAAUGCUUGUUAUACAGUCAAGGAUUGAGAAAGGAACUGUUUAAGAUUUCUGUGUCACUAUCACGUGCAAUAGAGGGAUGCUCAGUCCUUGAUAUUUAAAUAAUGCAAUUAACCUAUGAGCAGCGCUGUGGAAAAACAGGGCUUAAUGCAUAUGUGUUAAGUUUCGUCCCAGAUCAGCCUGCACAGUCUACCUAGGCUAAUCAAGGACAACUCUUUUCAGGUUUAUGGAAUUUUUCAUUUAACAACAGUCUCUUCUUAAUGAAAUCCAUUCUAGGAGGAAAGUGUCGUCCCUGAUUAGGCUGUGCGGACUGAAUGAAAUCCAUUCUAGGAGGAAAGUGUCGUCCCUGAUUAGGCUGUGCGGACUGUAAAGGCUUAUCUGCAACGAUGCUUAACACUUAUGCAUUAAGCCCUGUUUUUGUCCCCUACCGGUGAAACCGGAGGGGUAUUAUGGUUUGCACUCCGUCUGUCAGUCUGUCUGUCAGUCUGUCUGUCUGUCAGUCUGUCAGUCAGUCCUUCACACUUUUCUGGAUCCUGCAAUAACUUAAAAAGUUUUUAAUAUUUUUUCAUGAAACUUGAAACAUGGAUAGAUGGCAAUAUGGAGAUUAUGCACGUCAUUUCAUUUUGUUCCUAUGUCAAAAAUUCUGGUUGCUAUGGCAACAAAUAUAUUAUUUUUUUUAAUACUGACAAUGGUUGAGUUUCACCGGUAGGGGACAAUAUUGCUUGGCAAUCUCUUGUUGAGUUUCACCGGUAGGGGACCAUAUUGCUUGGCAAUCUCUUGUUGAGUUUCACCGGUAGGGGACAAUAUUGCUUGGCAAUCUCUUGUUGAGUUUCACCGGUAGGGGACAAUAUUGCUUGGCAAUCUCUUGUUGAGUUUCACCGGUAGGGGACAAUAUUGCUUGGCAAUCUCUUGUUGAGUUUCACCGGUAGGGGACAAUAUUGCUUGGCAAUCUCUUGUUGAGUUUCACCGGUAGGGGACCAGCUAUUGCUUGGCAAUCUCUUGUUUCAGAGUGCGGCUCAUAUAUUAGUCGCAUUUUGAAAAAACUGGGCAUAAUUAAGUCUCUUCUUAGCAAAAAUCCAAUUUAGGCGGAAAGUGUCGUCCCUGAUUACCCUGUGCAGACUGCCCAGAUUUCUCAGAACGCGACCCAUAUAUGCAUUAAGCCCUGUUUUUCCAUAGUGCGGCUCAUAUAUGUAUGGGGAUGAUAAUUUCAGUAUUUAAAGCUUUAGUUUGUGUUGGUGAUAAUGUUAAUAUGUGCUGUGUUUUGAACAACGCUUGUUCUUAUAGUAUGAAGUGUUUGUUUUUUUGUUCAAUCAUGUUCAUGCCAAAAACGUUUGAAAUUUCUUGUCUAAUCUAUUUGUCACAAGCUUAUGCUAGUAUAUUAUAAUCAUCAACACUUUAAACACUUACCUCAUUAUCUGGAUAAGAAAUUUUCUGAUUAUUUUUUGAAUUACAACAAUAAUAUUUUGUGAAUAUACUUAGCAUACUUUCAACUUAUAUGCUUAUUAACAAAAACUCGGAAUAAAUAUUAUUAUUUUG